ACACACUCUAUUAAAGUGUGGUCUAUUAAAAGUUAACUUGUCGCAAGCACACAGUCUGCGCAUAUUAUAUAAAUCGUGAUAUAUAAUAUACUGAUCAGAGCAAAAAUGAGUGCACAGAAAAAUGAAACACUUGCAGCACCAACAACGGAUCAAUCUGCUCAAUCUGAACUCUAUCAUAUGGGGGAGUUAGUCCAGGAUGAACAAAAAAUAUUGGUUUCAUCUCAAAUGUCUGUUACACCCAUAGAUUUAGAAGUACCAGUUACUACUAGUGACCAAGCUGUUGGGCAAGAAAUAGCAAGUUCACAACAAGGUAUGGAUACGGCAGAUAGUUGUUUGGAUCAGCAACACGUUGCAGAAGAAGAAUUAAAUGAACAUGAUGAAAUUGAUGACCCAGACAGGGCUUUAGAUGAGCUGUUGUCGUUGAUACGUGCUGCACAAGAAGAAUUUGAUCGACAAAAUGGCAUUAAUACUACCAUCACUUUAGAUCAGCCACAUGUUGCACAAGAGGAAUUAAAUGAGCAACAUGGCGUUGACACCGCUCCAGUAUCUAUUUCAUCCGAAGUAUCAAGUGCAACUGUGGACAAGGAUCAUAAUGUUAUGAAGCGUGGUCUUUUCAAUGGUGAUGAGCCAACUGCUCCUUACGAGAAACGCUUUAAACAAGGCGAUAGUCCAUAACAAUCCAACUUUAAAUAUUCAUUUUCAUAUUAAAAGUUUUUAAUAUUUUUUUUUUAAUUUA